AUGGGCUUGUCUUCAUCGCCUAAGCCCCUUUUAAUCGGUGUAAGUGGAGGUGCUGCUUCAGGGAAGAAUGAAACGUGUGCAAAAAUUAUACAAGAACUUAACAAGAAAGCCAAGGGAAAACGGUCAAUAGUGCUAUCCCUUUACUCGUUUUAUCAUGACUUGUCAGAAGAAGAUAUUAAGCUGGCAGAAUGCGGAAAAUUGGAUCUUGACCAUCCCAAUGCUUUUGAUUUCGAUGCACUUGCAGAUGUUUUGCGAAAGAUUGUUAGAGGCGAAUCCGUUGUUCUAAAUUCCUAUGAUCCAGAGGCCUUUUCUAAUUCUCCUCAAAAAAUUGAAAUACCAGCCGACAUUGACGUCGUCAUAGUUGAGGGCAUCCUUACCUUUUACCAAAAGGAGAUACGGGACAUGUUCCACUUAAAAAUUUUCGUGCAGGCUGAUGCGGACACCCGACUUUCGCGUAAAGUCAUCCGAGAUGUUGUCCAACGCAAACGCAACCUGGACGCAGUUUUGGACAACUACUUUAAAUUCGUCAAACCUGCAUUUGAGCAGUUCUGCCUUCCUACAAAAAAAUAUGCCGACGUUAUUCUCCCACGUGCUCCCGAAAAUCAAAUAGCUGCGGAUUUGAUAAUCGAGCACCUUUUACAAUUAAUUUCGUCCUCUCCGAACUCCUGUUCAUCCUCCCCUCCAGGAAACUUCCCCAUCCUUCGCCUGCGUAAUCAGUCGGAACCAGGCGUAGCCGCGACGUCUAUCCGUCCUCACUGA